UGUUGUGAAGUGGGGUGAUUCUCAGUUAUAAAUUCAAGAUUUGACAGUUUGUUUUCAUUCAGUGUCACUAAAUGCCCAUGCUGGGAUUAUCCAAACUGGUAGUGAUAUGGUUUAAUCACUGGGGUGGAUGUUUGUUUACAUUUGUAACAGAAAAGGAGAGCAGUGUGCUUCAAUCAGGAAUCAAACCUGCAACCUGAGACUUUCUAGUCGGGACGCUCCACCUCUGAGCUAAAGGGAAAUUCCCUCUGGCAAACACCUAGAACGGCAACCAUAAUCCUAUGUACAAUUCAAAUCUACCCAGAUAAUACCAACAUACACAAAUUGCACUGAAUCUCGGCCUUUGAAAGUACCGUGUGUGUGUUCGUUAAUUACACAUCUGCCAAAGACCUGCAGUAUUCACAGAUGUGUAUAUUCUAUGUUUACCUGUAUACAGCAUGUAAAUGUGUAUAUAUUAAUAUAUACUGUGACUUGUGACUAAGACAUUCUGUUGAUACAACCCCCGAGGUGUUGGCUUCCUCGGGUCUGUGACUGUUUAACCAUAGAGGGGUUGGUUUACAUAGAUUGUUGCCAAUAUUUAUUUUAUUGAAGACAACACAAAAGUUACUUUUCCUAUGCAACCUGGCGGGGUUAACUCAGAUGAUAUGUGUUACGUAACCUGGGGAUGGUCUUUGUCAGACUUUGCUAUUGAGCGUGCGGAGGAUGGGAUAGGGGAAUGACUCACCCAAACUGAUUACUUCCCACAACACAGGUUGGCUGACUGAUGACGGAAAAAAAAUCGGGAGAACGAAACAUGUCCUGAAAUGAAAGAAAGGAAUUGAUCUUAAUAUAGUUGUUGAAAACAGUUAAAUGUCACCGGAUAUUCGUGCCAUUAUGUUCGGUGUGUAGAGAGAAGGCUGGAAAUUCAGGACAGUCUAGCAGUAGAACAGCGUUUGCUUUACAUAUAGUAUGUUGGAAAUAAGACGUGUAUCGUUUUGACAUUUUUCUCUUAGUUUUGUGUGAUUUUCAAGAUUUUUAAAUAAUAUAAAGUGCUGAUUUGCUUUUCCAGUAAGGAAAUAUCUGAGAAUAUUAGAAAUUAAGAAAACGUCAAGAUGUGUUAUGUGAUAAUUACGUGCCGUUCCCUUGGAUGGACAUUACUUUCUGUUGCCGUGGCGUUAAUCAUCGUCACAUCAGUUGUCUCCCCUUACUGGCUGAUUGGUAUACCAACAAGUUAUGGACUAGAAUCGCAAAACGAGAGCGUGCAGCCGACCAGGGAGGAGUUUAUUCCAACAGUGGGAAUAUUUAACCGGUGUCGAAAGUUACAGCGUGGAUUAAGUCUAAUGAAGCGUGAAAACUGUGCGACUUUCGUGACAGGGUACACCGAUCCUGAUGACGAUUUCCCUCACGCCUGGAAGGCAUCGUUAGUGUUCUUCGCCCUAGCUGGAUUAUUGCUUAGUUUCUCGAUGAUUCUUGCUGUGCUGAGCCUGUUUGUACGUUCAUUCUUCGGAAAAAGUAUAUUUACAAUAGCAGGCUUAGUGCAGAGCAUCGCAGGUUUGUUAAGCGUCCUUGGAUUAGUGGUAUAUCCAGCAGGCUGGGGCUCCGACAGGAUAAACCGACUCUGUGGGGAGUAUGCCAACCCUUACAUCAUAGACCGAUGUGAACUAGGUUGGUCGUUCUAUCUGUGUGUGGUUGGGACGGUCCUGGUUUUUCUCUGCUCCAUUCUUUCCAUCCAAGCUGAUCAUUCCACAACAAGCAGAAAAGUCGAGGAGGAGGUGCUUGAGGGCAAAAAUCUCAUCUGUGUCAUAUAAAGGUCAAAACAAAAUAAACUGGAAAAUAGAGAGUUACGCACAAUUCUGGGAAUAACAUCCUGUGUCAAAAAUUUUGAAAAUGUUUUGACAUAUCAAGACACAGUCAGAAGUUGUACAUAUAUACUGUAUGUAUUACAUUUUGCAGCAUAAAGGUUGUAUAUUUUUUUCAAUUUUUUGUUCAACCCAACACGUUGAUUACAGAGAAUUGUAAUAUUUUUCAUUGGUAUUUUGACAUCCUGUUUUAUCAAACAUAAUGCUGUUAUUGUGUUUUCUAGAAAAAAAAUUGAUUAAAACAGACCUGUAAUAAUUCUAAGAUUUUGUCUAUCAUGAGAGGGUGUCAUAUUAGACAGAUACAUUUGGCAAACUUGUUGAGUUCCACAAGGUGUCGGAUUAGACAGGCUAAUCUGACUAUUUUGUUGUGUUCUACAGGGUGUCAAAUUAGACAGGUCAAUCUUGCCAAAUUUGUGUGUUCCACAGGGUGUCAGAUAAGACAGGUUAAUAUCUUUCCAAUUUGUUGUGUUCCACAGGGUGUCAGAUGAGACAGGCUAAUUUUGAGCAAUCUGUCGUGUCUGGCGGGGAUGUCAGAAUAGACAGGUUAAUUUUACCGAUAGGUUGGCACAGAUGUGUUUCGUCACACAGGUGAGAGCUAUAGGUUGUAUAUGUCAAUUUCACUGCAGUGGGGUAUACAUUACAAAGCUUAUACUACUGCACACUCAAAUACAAGAGAAAAGAAGACUAAAAUGCAGUCUCAUAACAACGAUGACCUCUCUAUCAUAACAGUGGGGGAUCCAGUGGGGUGUUUUGGGCUUCAUGAACCCCCCCCCCCCCCCCCCCCCCCCUGAGAAUGUUCUUUUAAAAUUAUGUAUUAUCACCAUUUUUCUCAUUUCUUCCCCACUUGAAACCCCCCCUGGAAAUUUGGAAACCCUCCCAGAUAGGUCUCUGGUUCAGCCACUGCAUAAUAACUGCUUUUGAGGGUGAAUAUGGUCAGGUCUCUUGACCCAUUCACUCAUGAACACACAUUUGAACUCUUCCAAUUCAAAGCUUGGAAAAGUUCAUUGUGUAAUUUCUGGGGUGAAUGAGUUAAGACAGAGUACUGCUUGAUAGCAGUUGUCUGAAAUAGAUUGGACUAAAUGUAUUUUGUAUACUUAUCUGUAAGCUGACUCCCUUAUUUUUAUCAAAAAUUUACCAAUCCUCAAAACUCCCUCAUUCAAGUCUAACUCACACAAAUUCAAAAUCUACAUCCUGGGGUGAAAUGAACUCCUAGAUACUGUAGUGUGUGUAAGUGAUCAUAACAGUUGUAUCGGAAUCAAAUGAAUGUUUUUUGGAGUUAUUUUGAUACAUAAAAAGGGAAAGAGAAAUUGAGCAAAGCAGAUUCAGUCCCAUUUCACGUACUGUCUCCCUCAUUCUUAAUGUGGAAUGAGGGAGAUCUCCCUCAUUGGAGACAGAGAGGUCGACACCUACACAUGUAUGCUAUAGGUGAAGGGAGACAACUCUCACACCUUCUUGCCACUUUUCAAGUUUAUUUGCAAUGGUGGUUUAUAUUUCAUUUUACUUUAUGUUUCACUUAGGGUGGAUAAAUCACCUUUUUUUUUAAGUAUUUAAUAGAAUCGUAAAAUGUUGUGAAUAUUCAUCAGCUCUGAUUUAUUUUUUAUAUCAAAGCAAUCGAAGUUUGCUUCAUUUCUCAGUCAGAAUUUUGCUAUAUUGUGUACAUGUGAUGUUUUAUUUAUAAACCAUCUGAUACCUUCGUUGUGAAUGUCUCGUUAGUUUCAGAAUGUGUUGAUGCGCUUUGUUUCUUCAAAAUGUAAAUAUUUGAGAAAUAACUUCCAUUCUUUUCUUGUCACCAGAGAAUCAUAAUAAAUCAAAGACACCCUCUUCGUAAAGUUUAAAAAUAAUUUUCAGUUUUGUAUUUGUAUAAUGGUACUAAAUUUAAGGAAAAUAUUUGCACUUUGACCUUUAAGCUAUUUGCAAUGUCUCAAUAUAGAUAUGCAUUUCAUACUGUGCCGGUUAUUUGUAGAUUUCCAUGCUCAUUAACUUGGUGAAAAAUUCUCAUAGCACAAAUAAUCUCAUGCUUUCAUUAUAGACUUAUAUUUACAUUUCAGCUGCAAGCUCCUCUAUGAGCAAUACCACAAGAAAUUGUGUUCAUAGGGCUAUGACCACAUUUUGAUCACUGUCAUUUUAAAGCUUAACAUGAGAUAGCUGUUAGAAUCAAACAUUUUGAUGACGUUGGGCUGUUCCAGGAAUCUCGUUUCCACUGACAUCAUAAACACUUCAAUAUCGGAAAUAUAAGGGUGUGUCUGUAUGUAGGUCACUAAUAAGAAAACAAUUAUAAUUUAGAUAUACAUGUGAUCUUGACUUUAACAGUGUUUCUAUGCAAAUUGCCCAAAAAAAGUUUAGGGUAGGCACAAAACAUUACGGUAGGUAGGGUAACCUAACAAUAUUUUACUGCACUUGUUAUAUAUUAAUCAUGCAUCAUUGUACAAAUGCUUUUAAGUUAUCAAUAAAGAAAUGUGUGUAUCAUUUAUUCCUGUUGUUAGGGGAUGUUGUGGGACUUGAAAUUUCAUGUUUGUCAAUGUAAAGAUGUUCAUCAUUUUCUUGAAUACACUCCAGAAUGAUGGGUCAUUCAUGAUCUCUCUGUUAGAUAUGUUUUCUAUUGUGCUUGGCUAGAUAGGCUUUGGAUAAGGCUGUAUGAUUGUCAAUUUGGGUAAGUGCACAAAGAAUCUCAAUUAUCACUUAAUGAUUGUUCGAGUGAGGAUUCAGGUUUAAAAUUGUUUCUAAAUGUCCGUUAUAAUUCACAAUUGAUACACAACAUUUUAUCACAUCCAUAAAAAUGACCCUCAUCUGAGUUUGGAAUAACUUUGUUAAAAAAAUAAUUUAAAAAUUGUUUUCACCCACUUGCAAGCCCAAAGUUGACUAUGAACAACCCCCCACCCCCACCCCAACCCCAACCCCAACCCCAUUAUGUGUCUUCAAAGUUUUAAACCUUUCAAAAUAUUAAUUGUUGAUAUAGCAAAAACGGACCAUACCAUUUUCAUCAUAAAAAGGUGUGAUGUAUAUAUAGUAUGUAAUACUUUCGAUUACCUACCUCUGGAGUAAAAUGGAAUAGACUACCAUCAUUCCCCUGCCUACUGAGAAUAACUGUGUGUAACAGUGUACACUGUUAGUAUAUAUAUUUUCAUUGCAUGUCUACUGUAAAAUUAGCAUUUGUAGGUCUAAAAUGGAAUAAAAUAUAUAAUACAAAAAUU